UGAAGGGGAUCCGUUAAACUGUUACCUUAAAAUAAAAGAAAUGACAUUUUGUCAUUUCACCGAUGACGGCGUGGUAGAUAGCUCAGAUACACCCAGCCCUCCUUCGCUGAUCCGGUCCUAUUUUAGUUUUGCAGUUUCUCUCUAAUCAAGGGGCGACGUGGCGUUUGGCUGGUUCUGAUUCGGAAGAUUAUGAUUCAGAGUGCAUUAUCCUGUCGAAAUUUCUUACGAAAGUCGGACUUUUACCUCCGAAAUCAUUAAUAUUAGUACAUUACGUCGUCUACACUCUAGCCCUUCUUUCCCGCCAGAAAAUCCUCGAUGAGCCUUGGCUCAGGUGUAGGAUACAAUAAUUCUCGUCAGUCAAACACGUACGUUUUGUUUGUGUGAUCAGAAAUUUUAACUUGGAAAUGUAAUUAAGACGAGUCAACAACUUUGAUUUCAACCGAUUUCACUGUAUUUCAUCUAUUUCAAUUCGUUUGGCAGCGUAUGCGCAUGCGCGCCACGCACUUUUGUGCGCAGCACGCUCUGCGCAACUGACGGUUGGUUCACCACACCACUCAAGCCUCUCGAGUCGAUGACCGUUACGCCCCCGAGCUUCGUGUUUCAACAUCCUCCCUGCCUUUAUUGCCUCACUGAUUGGAUUUCAUGUACUGAUCAAGAUGAAUUACGCUGUAGUACAGUUUGGCGAUGGCUCAAAUGUGAAGAAGGUAGUCAAGUUGAAGAAUAUUCGCGACAAGAAAACGGGGAGAGCUCCGGAACCUAGAGCCGCUACUGAUUUCGACGCUCGAGAAAACGCCUAUGAAGCAAAGUGGCAGAAAAGUGGUUUAGAUGACGAUGGAUUCUAUCCAGCAUCAAUUAUGUGCCUCGCAGGGAGUUUGCAGGAUGCUUGUGCCAAAGCGAGGGAGAUGGGUGUGAAGUUUGUCGGUGAACCAAUGCUGUCCUUCUCAUCUCCAGCAGAGAGCGACAGUGGCUCAACGAGACGCCAUGGAAAGAAGAGUGUUACAGCUGAAAGUGGAGAAGGCAGCUCCAGAAGCCGGAGGAGUAGGUCAAGCGCAAACAAGUCUUUGAAGGUCAAGACUCAUAGUGAUGAUGACGAGAAAUGCCAAGUGCAAUCAAAGAAGCGAAAGGUUGAGAAUAAUUUAGGAGCAACUGUCCCCAAGAAGAAAGUUAAAAUUGCGGAGGAAAGUGAUACUUCAAAAUCUCAGCCACACGUAAAAAAACCUAAGCCAAAUCCGUUUGCUAAAGAUCCUGUUUUAUUACAAAGGAUGGAAAAAGCUCUUGAUAAUGCCAAGAAGAAUCUCCCACAAACAGCUUCGGAAAAGAGUAAACCAAUGGAGAGUGAGAAAGUGACCCUGGAUACAGCAAACAAAAAUGUCAAGCAGGAUAAACAUAGUGACACUGACGAUUUUGACACUACAAUGCCCUUAUCAGACGUGGAAUCGUCCGAUCAUAAGUCAUCUCCAUUGACAUUUCCAAGCAUUUUCAAAAAAGAUCAAAGUGGUAAUGCUAAAUUUAGUCCUUCAAAAUUAAGCUCUCAUCGUUCGUAUGCUGAAGGGAAUAAUGGCUAUGAUUCACAGGAUUUGCCAGCUAAGUCAUCCCCAGUUUCACAGCCAAACAGUCCCUCAAAGAAAAGUAAUUCAUUUGUUCUUCAAUCUCGACGACGCUCAGCAAGUGGUAGCUCAGAAAAUCAAUUUUCAGAUGAUGAAGAAAGAUGUAAGGAAGUUUCACUGACGUUUUCUCAGCUUCUUUCUGAGAUCCCUUCCUCAGACUCUGAGGAAGAUGUUUCCAUAAAAUUGAGCAAGGCCAAACAGCAGCUGCAGAGAAAGUUUGACAGACUUCACAAACUAUAUACUCACCUGGAGCAGCAAUAUCAGCUCUCCAGGGCAAGCUUACGAGUUGUCGACAAGGAAAGGCUUAGGUUGUAUCAAGAAAACCUUGAACUGAAAGACAAGGUGGAGAGUCUAAACAGCUCUCUCAGGCAAAUUAAGAGCCUCCUGAUUGGAGACAUGUCAGGUGCAGACAUGAAGACGGAUGAUAACGGAAAGGAGACAGGUGUUAAAGCAAAAAAGUUCCUUAAUUUUGGAUCUUCUGGUAUGAAAACUCCCUCCAAAGGAGACUUCUCCUCUGACCUUCUGGUGGGAGACUCCUCUACUCCAACUGCAAAAAAAAUAGUAACGGAUGAGUCAGCGGGGCAAAAGAACUCUGAGAACAAAAUAAAACUAUCUGAUUCAAAGGAGGAAAAAGAAGACUCUGGGAAGAAGAAAAAUAAGAGAGUCAGUCUAAUGAAAGACAAAGAAAUUGAUGCAGUCGCUACUGCUUUGAGUGAGCACCUGGAAGCUUUUCAGAAGGGUGAAAAGCUACCUUGUGAUUCUAAAGGAAUGUUUGAGAUAUGUGGCAUCAAAGUUGAUGGGGAGGGCUUCUUAGAAAAUAUUAGUAAGAAUGCUACUUCAGAUCUAAGUGUGAUGACUAGGCAGUUGACCACUCUUACGUGGACUGCCUUGGAGCGGAGGCAGAGGUCAUUGCUCGGAAGAAGUAGUAAUAGAUUCAAAGACAGCACUCCCAAGCAAGCAGCAACGCCAUCCAAAAUCAACUUUAUUUUAGGAUCUGUGAAAUUCUGUCUAAAGCAUAUGCAGAAUAUGGAGGAAAAUGCAAGUAUGGAAUCACUCCUGAAAUCACAGAAAACUGUUAUCGGUAACAAGCUGAACCAAGACGAUCAGAAGGUCAAACGCAAACCUGCUGAUUAAAUUAAUCCCUCUUAAAAACAUUAUGAAGGAAUAUUCAUAUUUUUUGUUUCUUUUUAUAUACCAAAUAAGACCAAGCUGGAUUUUUUUUUUUAUUCUUGUAGUAUCAAUACAAGUGCAGUUCAUUUAAAAUGUGAUUUUAUUUCAAACUAUUUUCAAUCAUUAACUGUACAGAAAACGAUCACCAGACUCAUUUGUUCAGGAUGAAUGUGGCGCAGCUUGACAGAAUCGGUUCCCGAGCAGUGUUUACGGAUCGGUGGGGUUGAUGUCUUUUGACAACCCGCCGGCUUGCGAGAGGACUCGUCGCUACACGACGAGCUGGCCGCUCCGCUGACUGCUGUGCGAGGGAGACGGGAGACGCUGUCCGAUUCGCACGCCGAUUCGUCGGGCUUGGCUUAAGACUGGGACCCCGACCGAUCCGGAAACACGGGUUCUGAGCCCCUGGUGAGUAGGCAACCCCUUCUACGUGGCGUUAGACAGUUUGCCUACCCACAAGUCUGCAGGCGCUAUCACCCCCUUUUAUGGGCAUUCAGCAUCGACAAUCCGCCAGGAAUGCGAAUUCUACACCAGCUAGUCGGCGGCCACUCUCAAUCCGAUCCAGAGUGCGCGCUCAACACUCAGAACUUUUCCGACGAUUUCUGAGUGCCCUUGUGAGUGCACUCUCAGCACCCUGCACUCAUAUUUUGUUUUUGAGUGUAGACUCACUCUCAAUCUCACACUCUCAGAUCCGCGAAAUUUGUUAGUGUAAAAUCACUCAGGAAUUUAUUCAGAGUGUGCACUCAGAACUCAGAACUUUGCACUCUGAAUUUCAGAGUGCAUUUUCAG